AUGGUUCAGGCUGCUAGUGCGAAGUUGUGGUGGAACUUUUGCACCGAGCACACUCUGUGGUCAGAUUUUAUGCGGGCGAAGUAUUGCAGUCGGGUUCACCCGGUUGCUAAGCUGGUUCAGAACACUGACUCACACACUUGGAAGCGAAUGCUGAGCGUGCGGGACGAGGUUGAGCGGGUUCUGACCUGGCGGUUGUUCCAGGGCCGGGUUAAUUUCUGGUGGGACAACUGGUCGGGUUUGGGCCCUCUCGGCAGACUCUAUCCAUUCCGGGGGGUUUCUUACUCCCGAGACUUGCUCCUGGACUAUAUUCAUGAUGGUGUGCUCGACCUGGCAGAGCACGUGGACUUAAUAGCUGGCGGGGUCACUGCGGACCUAUCCCGUUUAGGACAGGGGCCGCGGGAUAUCCCGGUCUGGACGCCUGCUUCUGACAGUAUGUUUUCAUUUUCCCCUAUAAAAUCUUUGCUUAAGCCUGCUUUGACGGCUGUCCCGGAUCCCCUACUUGCUAAGUGCUGGCAUAAACACCUGCCGUUUAAGGUGUCUUUUCUAGCUUGGAGGGUGUUCCGGGGUCGGCUGCCCACGGACGAUGUCCUGUCUCGUUUCGGCCAUGUGGUUGUUUCGAGAUGUUGGUGUUGUCCGACACCUGCUUCUGAUUCUAUUAUGCAUAUCUUUUAUUCUGGGAAUACAGCAAAAGCCGUUUGGAGUUAUGUGUUAGCAUCCCUUGGCCUACAAUCGCGUCACCGGUGUUUAAGGACUUUGGUGGGCGGCUGGGGGCAAGGUGGGGCGCGUAAUCCUUUAUUUUCCUUUGUUAUAAGCAGGUUGCCAAACUUGGUUUUGUGGGAGUUGUGGAAACACCGUAAUGGGUGUAUGCAUGGGCGUGAUUCCCCGAGCGUUGCUCGCGUGAUGUUCGGGGUUGCCAGAGGCGUUGCAGAGUGCUUGUUCAGAAAGCGGCCCACGACGCAUAUUCUACCUCCUAAUUGGAGGACCAUUGUUGCUUACUUGGAGGCGCAUGUGCCUCGACGGGUGGUUAGGGCUGUCAGGUGGUCCCCUCCGGCUGCGGGGACUCUGAAGAUUAACCUUGCACUCUCUGCAGCUGUAGGGGGGGCUGCUGCCUUUGUUCGUAAUCAGGGGGGCAGUCUUUGCUAUGGGGUGGCGUGGUCUGGGUCUGGGGAUGUAAUCCGGGGGUUGUUUCGGGUUUUGUUCUCUGGCUUGGAGUGGUGCCUGGCGGGGGGUUAUAGGGAUAUUCUUGUGGAGUCCUCAGUGGUUGAGAUGGGAGGGUACUUUGAUAGGACUAUGACUGCGCCGUGGGUUCUGGAUGAUGUUGUAUCCAGGCUCCGGUUCCUGUGUUCCUGCGGGUCUGUUUCCUUUGUGUUGUGCCCGCCGCGGGCCAAUAUGCCAACCUCGACCCUUGCUGAUUGGGUAGUUGAUAAGCCAGGGGAGUUCACCUUUCUUUCUCUUAUGGAGCUACCACCGAGGGUGUGGGCGCUGUUGAUUCAUGAUGAUCUACCUUAUGUGUUCUUUGAGGUUGAAGAUCCCCAUUAG